AUGGAGGCAAGAAAGUUGUUUGAGAGUCUAUGUUUAGUUGCAGUCGCUACCCUCUGGACAGUGGAAGGCACAACCACCAAAUAUCACACAUUCGAGGAAGCAUCACCAGGAUCAAUUAUUGGGAACCUGUCACUGGAUCUGAAUAUCAACACAUCCGAUUAUCCGAACACAAGCUUCCGCUUCAUGCAGAAGGGAAAUUCGUCUUUGAUCGACAUGCGAAAGAACGACGGUCUUUUGACAGUGGGAGAGCGCAUAGACCGGGAAAGCCUCUGCCAAAGGUCUCCGCUGUGCCUCAUCACAUUUGAUGUUGUAGUUGUUUCGAAGGACAAGUUUGACCUUAUUCAUGUGGAGAUCCAGGUUAGAGACAUCAAUGACCACUGUCCUCAAUUCACCCGUAACGAGAUGCAACUCGAGAUUGCAGAGGAUGUGGCUGUGGGCACACGGUUCCCGUUAGAUGUCGCGAAUGAUUUGGAUGUUGGAAUCAAUUACAUUCAAAGCUAUCACCUUCUUCAUAACAACCAUUUCAGUAUCGAGACAAGGAGUGGGGAGGAGGGCAUCAAGUAUCCCCAACUUGUCCUGGUGAAGGAACUUGACAGGGAAGUGGAAGACACUUAUACUCUUCAAGUUACGGUGAUUGAUGGUGGCAAUCCACAGAAGCUGGGAACGGUAACAGUUGAAGUCAAGGUUUUAGACUCUAAUGAUAACAGCCCAAAGUUUGAGCGUGAUUCCCUUAAAGUCAAGCUUCACGAGGACGCACCGGCUGGUUAUCUUUUGUUCAAACUGCACGCGGUUGACCCUGACCAUGGCGUAAAUGGUGAUGUACAUUAUGACUUUGUGGAAGAUGUCACCGAUGAGAUCAUGGACACUUUUUCUGUUGACACAUUGAACGGUGCAGUGAUUCUUAAAUCACAGGUAGACUACGAGUCCAGAAAAUCUUUCGAGUUCAAUGUACAGGCGUACGAUUUAGGUGUCGACUCUAUUCCGUCCAUUUGUAGAGUCACUGUUGAAAUUGUGGAUGUGAAUGACAAUGCUCCUGAAAUCUCUAUUACACCAAUGACAUCCACGAGCGAAGGUAUCGCUUACAUCACUGAGGCGGCAGCAGCGAAAAGUUUUGUUGCUCUCAUCAGCACCACGGAUAAGGACCCCGGAGACAACGGACACAUGCGUGUAAGUUUGAACGGACAUGAACAUUUCAAACUUCAACAGGCUUAUGGCGACACAUUUAUGAUCAUCACAACAGCCACUUUGGACAGAGAGAAGAUUCCUGAAUACAAUCUGACAGUUACGGCUGAAGAUUUGGGUUCGCCCCCUUUUAGCACUUCAAGACAGUACACUAUUAGGGUGAGCGACGAAAACGACAACCCUCCACUGUUUAGCAAAUCUGUCUAUGAACUUUCAGUUAUGGAAAACAAAGAACCUGGUUCUUACAUUGGCACUUUAGUCGCUCGUGAUCCAGAUGCAGGGGCAAACGGAAAAGUGACUUAUAAAAUGAUUGAUACCGAGGUCGCCGGAGCUCCGCUGAGCACUUUGGUUUCAUUGGACUCUGUUUCUGGCUCUUUGUUUCUAGUAAAGUCUCUUGAUUAUGAACAUUUAAAGCAGAUAGAAGUGAGUAUUGAAGCUUCUGAUGGAGGUUCACCACCACUGUCGAGCUCAGCACUUGUCAAGGUCAAAAUUGUGGAUGAAAAUGACAACGCCCCUGUCAUUACUCAACCUGACCUCAUUAAUGGUUCUGCUCACGUGUCUAUACCGUACAAUGCUCCAGCUGGUUAUGUUGCCCUAAGGGUUGAAGCCCACGACAAGGAUGAUGAUGUGAACCGAAAACUUUCUUUCAGCCUACUAGAAGACAAUGAAAGAAUGUUUUUCAUAAACAGAAAAACAGGCGACAUCGCACUGAAAUACAGUCUAAGUUACAAGCGAGGAGACUUUCUAGAGAUCAAGGUGAUGGUCACUGAUGGUGGCAGGGCACCUUUUUCUUGCACUGCCAAUAUACGUUUCGUGGUCACAGAGGAACUGCCUGUUGAGGAGCAGGUGGUUGUGUCUAUUGAACUGACUGAUGUAGAAGAAAGUGAAGAACAACAGAGGACAAACCUCAUUGUUAUUGUUCUUCUCGGAGCUGGUUGCGUGCUCUUAUUGGUUGCUAUUCUUGCAGUUGCACUGGCAUGGAGGCCCAGCCAAAGAAAAACAUACUUUGGGAAAGAGAACAGAACAGAACGUUUCUUGGUUAAGGCUCCGGUCUCAACGGACACUACUGACUCGUCCGAUUCCAGCGGAUGCCAUGAAUCCGGUGCUACUGUCAGUGAGCAAAUAUCCUCCACGAGAGAAGACUCGUCUUAUUCUUAUGAGGAGCAAAGUCAAGAUUUGGACCUUAAGGAGGAGCUCAACACAUCUCAGGGUGUACAGCAUUUCAAUGAUGGAAGAUAUCAACUACAGAUCAUCCAGCAUGACUGGCAAGACUUUCUACAGUCACAGGAUAUCCUGGAGAAGAGAAGCCCCUCCCCUCCUUCAGUCUCCUCUGACAAGAUGAGCUCAUCAAUCAGCAUGACCACCCUAUCAGACGGCAGCUGCCCUAUCGCUUUCGCCUGUGAUAAGGUGGAGGAUUCCUCAUUUCUGCCUGAGUGUCGGGUGAAACCGAUCGCCUGGGCUUGA